UCUCUGAUUAUUCCUAGACUAGAUUCCCUGAAGUGGAAUUACAAGGGCAAAUGCCCAUGUCCUCAUCGCAUUUCUGUCCCAGCUCGGAGGCCCUGAGUGUGUGUUUCCUGCCCUUAGGGCGUGUGAACGUGAAAAAUGAGGAAAUUGAUGACAUGAUCAAGGAAGCUCCAGGUCCCAUUAACUUUACGGUGUUCCUGACGAUGUUUGGGGAGAAACUUAAGGGGGCAGACCCCGAGGAGACCAUUCUCAAUGCGUUCAAAGUGUUUGACCCCGAAGGCAAAGGAGUGCUCAAGGCUGAUUACAUUAAGGAGAUGCUGACCACACAGGCGGAGAGAUUUUCCAAGGAGGAGGUAACAAGACCCUUUGGACAUUCUCUUUACUCCAGCUCUUGCCGUCACCCUUCCAGGGACUCCAUUUCCCUCUUUUUAAAAAACACUCCUGACUCCACAUUGAGAGAGAACCUGCUAUUGUUUACUGAGCCCUUAUCUCAUUUCAUCCUCUCAAUCACCCUAUGAGGUAGAGUCUAGUAU